CCAGCUCUGACUGAAGGUUAUGUUGGCUCCCUGCAUGAAAACAGACAUGGUAGUUCUGUGCAGAUACGGAGGCGAAAGGCUUCAGGGGAUCCUUACUGGGCGUACUCGGGUACCUAUGGUCCUGAGCACUGGGUUACUUCCAGCGAGAAGUGUGGAGGGUCUCACCAGUCUCCCAUAGACAUCAUAGACCAUCAGGCUCAUGUUGGAGAUGAGUAUCAAGAGCUGCAGCUUGAUGGUUUUGACAAUGAAUCUUCAAACAAGACUUGGAUGAAAAACACAGGAAAAACGGGGGACUUUGGAUCUGAGCCGCAGCCUGGAGUCCAGGAAACGCUUCAGAUCCAGUUCCAGCAAUUCAGGAUCUUAGCAGGAGUUGAGAGUUAUUGGCCCUCAGUCCAUGAUGUUUCACCUAUUUGGUGUAAGGAGGCAGUGGCCACCAGCAGUAGCCUGGCUGACCGCGGCAGCAUCCUGCAGCCAGUCCUGCACCACCCGUCUUCCCACACAAACGCUUUGGAUGAUUAUUUUGUCAGUGGUGCCGGCUUGCCAGGCAGAUUCAAGGCAGAGAAAGUGGAAUUUCACUGGGGUCAAAGCAACGGAUCAGCUGGCUCUGAGCACAGCAUCAAUGGGAAGAGGUUCCCCGUUGAGAUGCAGAUUUACUUCUACAAUCCUGAUGACUUUGACAGUUUUGGAACAGCAGUUCUAGAAAACAGGGUGGUAGGAGCCAUGGCUGUGUUUUUUCAAGUCAGUCAGAGGGACAAUCCAGCACUGGAUCCCAUUAUCCAUGGGUUGAAGGGCGUCGUACAUCACGAGAAGGAGACCUUUCUGGAUCCCUUUGUGCUGAGGGACCUGCUGCCGACAUCGCUGGGGAGUUACUACCGCUACGCAGGUUCUCUGACUACUCCUCCGUGUAGCGAGAUCGUGGAGUGGAUCGUUUUUCGGAAGCCUGUUCCCAUUUCUUACCAUCAGCUGGAAGCAUUCUACUCCAUAUUCACCACUGAACAGCAAGACCACGUCAAGUCUGUGGAGUACCUGAGGAAUAACUUCCGACCACAGCAAAGGCUGAACAACAGGAAGGUGUCAAAGUCUGCCGUGAAGGAUGCUUGGAGCCAAGAUAUGACAGACUUUUUGGAAAAUCCGCUCGGCACAGAAGCAUCUAAAGCUUGCAGCACUCCUCCGGUCAACAUGAAAGUGCAGCCCGUGAACAGGACAGCAUUGCUUGUGACCUGGAACCAGCCAGAAACCAUCUACCACCCUCCAAUCAUGAACUACAUGAUCUCCUAUAGCUGGGCUAAAAACGAAGAUGAAAAAGAGAAGACUUUCACCAAGGACAGUGACAAGGACCUGAAGGCCAUCAUUAGCCAUGUCUCACCUGACAUCCUUUAUCUGUUCAGAGUUCAAGCAGUUUGCCGAAAUGAAAUGCGUAGUGACUUUAGCCAGACUAUGCUCUUUCAAGCUAACACUACUCGAAUUUUCGAGGGGACCAGAAUUGUGAAGACAGGAGUGCCCACAGCAUCUCCUGCCUCCUCAGCUGACAUGGCUCCCAUCAGCUCUGGCUCUUCCACCUGGACCUCCUCGGGGCUCCCCUUCUCCUUUGUGUCCAUGGCCACAGGGAUGGGGCCUUCCUCCAGCGGCAGCCAGGCCACCGUGGCUUCAGUGGUGACCAGCACCUUGCUGGCAGGGCUGGGCUUCAGCGGUGGUGGCAUCUCCUCCUUCCCCAGCAGCGUGGGCGCCGCCUCCCCGGGGCCGGAGCGGGACUCGGCGCUGACGAAGGAUGGUGAGGGAGCCGAGGAGGGGGAAAAGGACGAAAAGAGUGAAAGUGAGGAUGGGGAGCGGGACCAUGAGGAAGAAGAAGAAAAGGAUGCCGAGAAGAAGGAGAAAAACAGGGCGACGGCGGCCACGGAGGCACGCAAUAGCACGGAGCCCAGCGUGGCCGCGGCUUCCCCCAACCGGACUGCUGAGGAGGAAGGAAAUAAAACCAUAUCGGGUGAAGAGCCAAACGAAAACAUUGCCCCCACAGCUGGAGGUCCCGAGGAGGAGAGCUUUGCCGAAGCAGACACUCAGCCCCAGCUGCUCCCUUCCACCCAAGUGCCACCAGCGUUCACCAACGAACUUUACCUGGGGAAGGUCCCAAGAAGACCAGAGACAACAAGAAAAUCUCCUCCAAAGGAGGGCAGGUUUCCAGAGGAAUACCCUUCAGAUAACAAAUUCAUCACUGUUAACCCAGCUGACAAGAACAGCUCCAGCAUGGCCACGAGACCUUCUCCUGGUAAAAUGGAAUGGAUCAUCCCGCUUAUUGUGGUCUCAGCACUGACCUUCGUGUGCCUCAUUCUGCUCAUUGCUGUGCUUGUCUACUGGAGAAAGUGUUUUCAGACUGCCCAUUUCUAUGUGGAGGACAGCAGUUCUCCCCGUGUGGUCCCCAAUGAAAGUAUUCCCAUUAUACCUAUUCCAGAUGAUAUGGAAGCAAUUCCAGUCAAGCAGUUCGUUAAACACAUCAGUGAGCUGUAUUCCAAUAACCAGCAUGGGUUCUCGGAAGAUUUUGAGGAAGUGCAGCGCUGUACGGCCGACAUGAACAUCACUGCAGAGCAUUCCAACCACCCCGACAACAAGCACAAGAACAGAUACAUCAACAUCCUAGCCUAUGAUCACAGCAGGGUGAAGCUAAGGCCUUUACCAGGAAAAGAUUCUAAGCACAGUGACUACAUUAAUGCUAAUUAUGUCGAUGGUUACAACAAAGCAAAAGCCUACAUUGCUACCCAGGGACCUUUAAAGUCUACCUUUGAAGAUUUCUGGAGGAUGAUUUGGGAACAAAAUACUGGAAUCAUUGUCAUGAUCACAAACCUUGUUGAAAAAGGAAGAAGAAAAUGCGAUCAGUACUGGCCGUCAGAGAACAGCGAGGAGUACGGCAACAUAAUUGUCACGCUGAAGAGCACAAACAUUCAUGCCUGCUACACUGCGCCGCUUCACAGUCAGGAACACAAAGAUGAAAAAGGUGAGUAAAGCAACCCCAAAGGGCGGCAGAACGAGAGAACGGUUAUUCAGUACCACUACACUCAGUGGCCGGACAUGGGAGUGCCAGAGUACGCUCUGCCUGUGCUAACCUUCGUUAGGAGAUCCUCCGCAGCCAGGACCCCGGACAUGGGACCGGUGGUGGUGCACUGCAGUGCUGGUGUUGGCAGAACUGGUACCUACAUUGUGAUAGACAGUAUGCUGCAACAGAUAAAAGACAAAAGCACAGUUAAUGUCCUGGGUUUCCUGAAACAUAUCAGGACACAGCGCAACUACCUCGUCCAGACAGAGGAGCAGUACAUUUUUAUUCAUGAUGCCUUGUUGGAAGCCAUCCUCGGGAAGGAAACUGAAGUAUCUGCAAACCAGCUGCAUAGUUAUGUCAACAGCAUCCUCAUACCUGGCAUAGGUGGCAAGACACGACUAGAAAAGCAGUUCAAGCUGGUUACACAGUGUAAUGCAAAAUACGUGGAAUGCUUCAGUGCUCAGAAAGACUGCAACAAAGAGAAGAACAGGAACUCAUCAGUCGUGCCGUCUGAGCGUGCUAGAGUGGGCUUGGCACCGCUGCCUGGAAUGAAGGGAACAGAUUACAUUAAUGCCUCUUAUAUCAUGGGCUACUACAGGAGUAACGAGUUCAUCAUAACGCAACACCCACUGCCACAUACGACUAAAGAUUUCUGGCGCAUGAUCUGGGAUCACAAUGCACAGAUCAUCGUCAUGCUGCCGGACAACCAGAGCCUGGCAGAAGAUGAAUUUGUGUACUGGCCAAGUCGCGAGGAAUCCAUGAACUGUGAGGCCUUUACUGUGACCCUUAUCAGCAAAGACAGACUGUGCCUCUCUAACGAAGAGCAAAUUAUCAUCCAUGACUUUAUCCUUGAAGCUACCCAGGAUGACUACGUUCUGGAAGUCCGCCACUUUCAGUGUCCUAAAUGGCCAAACCCAGAUGCUCCCAUAAGCAGUACCUUUGAACUGAUCAACGUAAUCAAGGAAGAGGCCUUAACCAGGGAUGGCCCCACCAUAGUUCAUGAUGAGUAUGGAGCUGUGUCAGCGGGAACGCUAUGUGCCCUUACCACUCUGUCCCAGCAGCUGGAGAAUGAAAAUGCUGUCGAUGUUUUCCAGGUGGCAAAGAUGAUAAAUCUUAUGCGGCCUGGAGUAUUCACAGACAUUGAACAGUACCAGUUUCUGUAUAAGGCAAUGCUAAGCUUGGUCAGCACUAAGGAAAAUGGAAACGGUCCCAUGACACUGGACAAAAAUGGUGCUGUGAUGGCCAGUGACGAAUCUGAUCCCGCGGAAAGCAUGGAGUCUCUUGUCUAAUUGGAAACCUGAAAAGGCACUUAAUUUGUAGAACUUCUGAAGACUGAGUGAACUUUUUUGAGGCCUUUUUUGCCAGACUCUAGGUUAUACAAUAACCCAAUUACUUUUUUACACUGAUAAAAGUUUUGAUAUUUAUUUUUUGCCAUUUUAUGUCUUAAUGGUAUCCUACUGAGCAUUUGCACCUCUGUUUAUUUCACACAGUGAAACGCAAUUUUAUCUAGUUUGCACUAUAUGAUCAGUGUUACUGCCUAUAAUAUUCUAAUACAAGACAAGCCCUGAUGUGACAUUCCAUGACAACAAACAUACGCUUUUUCUGUUUUGUUUAAAUGCAGUGAAGUUUUGCUAACUACAGUGACCCUCAAAUCUUAAAUCCUGAAUGCUAGGCCAGAUGGAUUCUUUCUAGGACAGAUACUGUACCCCUUCAUACCAUGUUUAUUAUUUUAAUGAUCAUGUCACGGUUUUGGUAACGGUAUUCUGCAUUCCAGUGGAGUGGAUGAGCAGUGUUCAUCCUUUCUUGACAAAAUGUGGCAGGUGAUUAUUAGCUACAGUGAAGGUGUAAUGGCCUUGUGGAGCUGAAACAAUUAUUUCUGUAUUGUUUCAAAUUGCUGUUUUGUACACUUACAGGCCUAAGACUUGCUUCACAUGGAAUAUAUAAAUUACACACAAUACAAUUACAAAUUAGAUGCAAUUCACAUGUGGGACGCAGUGAUAGUUUUGCAUUUACAGUUUCAAAGUUGCCUCAUGUAUUCAGCAAAAUGUCGAUUUUCGGUUUUAACCAGCCCUAUGAUGGGAAAGUAUUUUGGUUUUAUUCUCGUCAGAGCCAAUACAGUGAGAAAUCUACUACAGCCCCAAGUCAGACCUGUUUUCAGAUAUAUUGAAGGUAGCAAUAUUUUACAUUACUAAGCUAUUCAAUAUUUUAAAUACAUUAAUUUCCUUACUAUUUCUUGAAUAUGACCUCACACCUAAUGGUAUGUUACAUGAUGACAGGCGUUUCUUAAUUUCAUAACUGUUAGAUGCCAUUUUUACAGGUGUGUAAUUUUCAUACUUUAGUGCUAAACCAUAAAGUACUGAUCCAUAUUUACUGGUGAAGCAAACUAAUAAAAAAAACUACCUAUA